CUGUCUGAUACUAGACUGGUGAAUAGGAAGAAGGUCCCAUCUCUGGCCUGUUUGUGGAAGCUGGGAUGAUGAAGGCCCUGCAGUGGGAACGUGCUGUGGUACAGGGUUGAAGCUCCAGCCCAUGUCUGGUAGUUAUAGAGCAAUUGGAAGGGUUACGUGCAGAGUUCUGGUAAAGAUGGAAGAAUCUCAUUUCAACUCCUCCCCGUACUUCUGGCCAGCAGUGCCCACCGUCUCGGGACAGAUUGAGAACACCAUGUUCAUUAACAAGAUGAAGGAGCAGCUGUUGCCCACAGAGAAGGGCUGCAGUCUGGCUCCCCCCCACUACCCUGCCUUGCUGACAGUCCCCACCUCUGUGGCCCUGCCCACUGGUAUCUCCAUGGACUCAGACACCAAGUCAGAGCAGCUGACACCACACAGCCAAGCCCCUGUGACUCAGAACAUCACUGUGGUACCAGUGCAGUCUGCUGGGCUCAUGACAGCAGGUCCUGGUCUGGUGAUAACUUCCCCAUCAGGUUCUCUGGUGACCACAGCCGCCUCUGCCCAAACCUUUCCCAUCUCAGCUCCCAUGAUUGUCUCUGCGCUACCCCCUGGCUCCCAGGCAGCCCUGCAGGUGGUUCCAGACCUGUCUAAGAAAGGGACAACCACCCUCACUGAAGGUGGUGGGGCUGGGGGAGUUGCCCCCAAACCACCCCGAGGCCGGAAGAAGAAACGAUUGCAGGAGUCAGGGCUGCCAGAGAUGAGUGACCCCUUUGUGCUGACAAACGAGGAUGAUGAGGACCAGCACAAGGAUGGCAAGACAUACAGGUGCCGGAUGUGUUCGCUGACCUUCUACUCCAAGUCGGAGAUGCAGAUCCACUCCAAGUCCCAUACGGAGACAAAGCCACACAAGUGUCCUCACUGCUCCAAGAGCUUCGCCAACAGCUCCUACCUGGCCCAGCACAUUCGUAUCCACUCAGGGGCCAAGCCCUACACGUGCAGCUACUGCCAGAAGGCCUUCCGCCAGCUCUCCCACCUGCAGCAGCACACACGGAUCCACUCCAAGCUCCACACGGCGAUUGUCAAGCCGCACAAGUGUCCUCACUGCUCCAAGAGCUUCGCCAACACAUCCUACCUGGCCCAGCACCUCCGCAUCCACUCGGGGGCCAAGCCCUACACCUGCCGCUACUGCCAGAAGGCCUUCCGCCAGCUCUCCCACCUGCAGCAGCACACACGUAUCCACACCGGGGACCGACCCUACAAAUGUGCUCACCCUGGGUGUGAAAAGGCUUUCACCCAGCUUUCCAACUUGCAGUCCCACAGACGGCAGCACAACAAAGACAAACCUUUCAAGUGCCACAACUGCCACCGUGCAUACACGGAUGCUGCCUCUCUGGAGGUACACCUGGCUACGCACACGGUGAAACACGCCAAGGUCUACACCUGCUCCAUCUGCAGCCGGGCCUAUACCUCGGAGACGUACCUGAUGAAGCACAUGCGGAAACACAACAUCCCUGACCCACAGCAGCAGGUGGUUCAGGCACAAGCCCAGGCCUCGCAGCAGCAGCAGCACUUCCAGCCACAGGGCGGGGGGGCAGCAGGGGGCCCUUCUGGAGACACUAACCAACCCAACCCUCCCCCCCAGUGCUCCUUUGACCUGACUCCUUACAAGACUUCAGAGCAUCACAAGGACAUCUGCCUCACUGUCAGCACCAGCGCCAUCCAAGUGGAGCACCUCUCCAGCUCCUAGAGAGACCUCAGCCCAGGGAGCCGAACGCCUCUUGUGCAUAGCCUGUGCCAGGGGCACCGCUUGUGCAGCGGCCCUCCUCAUGCAACAGUUUCCGGCCUCUCUUCCUGCAACAGCCUGUUCUGGCCGUGUAACCCUGUUCAUGGCAGUCCCUUGAACAACAGCCUGUCUCAAGGGGGUGCUCCUUCUGUGCAACAGCCUGCCUGGUAGGAGGAUGCUUCCUUGUGCAAGAGCCCCUUUCCUGUGCUGGGAUCACUUCCUCAUGCAAGAGCCCCUCCUUUGAAACCCAAAGAAAGGCCCCUGUUUUGCCUUCUCUCUCACUGUAGGAUGUGUACGAAGCGGGGUUGCGUGUUGAGACACACAUGGUGGAUAGGAUGGAGAGAUGACCCUUGUACGUACAGGGGCUUGGACACGUGUUUUUAGUAGGCCACGGAAGAACGUGGCAGGGUUGAGAGCUGGAUGGGGUUCUUUGAGGAUUGCCUUGAGUGUCUAAGAGAGAAAUAUCCAUUCUUGUCCCUCCUGCUUGUGAAAGGAGGGGGGGGGGGUAGGGGGGUCACUUGUCCUGUCCCAAGGACUGGAUGGGAGAAACCUCCCCAGUGGAAAGUGAGACCAUUGGAGGGAGGAGAAGUGAGGCAUGUUCUCUGGGAUGGACAGGUGCCUACACUGCUUAAGGGCUGUGGAGUAUUGCAUUCUUUCUCCUCCCCUGGUGGAGAGCAAUAGAGAGGAGUCUGUCUGAACUGACUGCUGCCUCUCUCUCCCAGCUGUCUGAGCAGCACGAUGGCCCUGUAGGAAUGUGGGUUCCUGCUCAUGGCUCUUUCCUGCCUGUUGUGGAUGAUAUCCUAGCAGCAUGUACGCCUCCUCCUCUCCCUCCUGCUUUUCCCCCCACCCCCUCAGAAAAGGCUGCAGGCAUCAACAACAAACCAAAAAGCAACCGGGGGGAGGGUAAGAGACUGCCAAAAUAAUCAUCACCCUUCUCCCUAUUCCCUUUCCUGAAAGGCGGAAUGACAGCAGUUCUGACACUCACAUACCUGUCCUGCCCCCAGUUUCCCAAAGGGAAAGAGGAGGAGGAAUAGACCAGUCUUUCCAAGGAGCUGGCAGGAGGCAGGGAAAGGCUAGCUUCUCCUGCUCAUCUCCUGCCAGAGUGCUCUCCCAGGCUCCCUCUUGCCAAGACGGGCUGGACUCACAUGGCAGUGGUGGCCUCUUCUGGACCCUGGUCAUGGGAGAGAAUCCCCAAAAGGUGGACAGUGGAGAGAAGGGGAUGAAGAUCCCCACAGAGAGACCAAUCUAAUGAGAAGGGGGAGCCAACAAGAAUAAACUGAAGGCCCCUUGAAUUUAUAUAUAUAUAUAUAUAUAUAUAAAUAUCUAUUCCCCACCCCUGGCCCGCUCUGUCCUUGCUGUAACUGUUUCUAUCUCUGUGUUUAUAAAACGCAUUAUCCUGGCGAAUUUUUAUUUUCAAUCUUCGUUUGUUUUUCCCUUUCUCUUCGUCUUCAAUUCUCCUUCCUCUGUUGUUUUUUUUAAUUGGUCCACAUGACUGCUAGUCUUGUGUGUUACUUGUUAGUUUCUUUGGAUCAUGGAGGCUGACUUGGAAGAGAAUGAGAAGGCAAGGGAAAAGCAUGUGUUGUUGGGUUUUAAAAUCAGUCACCCACCCAAAGCCUACAGAAUCCCAGACUUCUGUAUGAACAACCAAUAGGGGCUACUCUUUUAUUUUUUUUAACCACCCUGUAUAGAAAUAAAUUGGUGUAAAAGGC